CCUACAACGUUGUAUACGGAUAUAUCUGACGAGAGUGAGUCAGGACGUUAAUGUAACAUGGAAUGAAAACGAUCUGAGGGGAUAUGCAUACUUUAACACGUGUUAUUUUUUCAAUUCGGGCGCAAUCAGACCUGGGUAAGAUUGGACACGAGACUAAGUGUUAAAUGAACUGAAUAAGGAUCUGACAAUACUUCUAUAUUACCUACAAUAUCCAUACAAUACGUGUACUAGGAAUGCGAUCUGACGAAGUGAAGGAGUUGCUCCACUGGAAUCACAUAGUAUUAAUUGCUCGCUCAUUAACAUACUAAGAUCUGUAAUUUUAUAAAGUAAUUCGAUUAUUUUGUAUUCUGUAACUAUUACUACCAUGGCUAUACCGGGGAAAAGAGACAAUCAUAUUUCUAAUAUAUACCGUAUAAAUGUCGGUGGUCGACAGUUCGAACUUAGCAGAUCUGUAAUGGAGUCAGUCGAUGGGUCAAAGUUACAACGUCUCGCGAACGAAACUGAAGAUAGACCAAAUCAAAUGGAUUUCUUUUACGAACGCCCAAGUGGACCUUUCGAAGCAAUAUUGGCCUACCACCAAACCGGAAGUCUACAUAUUCCAGGAGACAUGUGUCCAGCAGCUUUUAAACUGGAACUUGAAUUCUGGGAUAUUAGUCCCGAUGUCUUAGAUAAAUGUUGUCAUCAUCGAUAUUUGACCUUUCUACGUGAGCAGGCUGUAAUGACUGGGUUCAUGGAAAAGGCUCGGAUCGACGAAAUGACCAAUGAAAAACACUGUGAUAAAACGUCAUCAUAUUUGACUAAGAUUAGAUCUCGGAUGAAGACUGUUCUUGACAACAAGGAUGAGUCCCUAGUUACACAGGUAUAUUUCGUCUUUGCUGUCGCUGUCAUCAUCUUAUCAGUUUUGGCUACAGCCCUUGGAACACUCCCAGUAACGCCGCAUACGAAUACGUCAUCUGAUGACGUCGUAUUUACAACCAUACGACCAAUGGUAUCCACUUCCGACACGGUUACAGUACCUGAUCCACCCUCUGGUCGACAGAAGCUGUCACCGAACGGUGCUUCAAUCGAUCUUGGAAAUAUCUCCCCUUCCAACUGGGAGGAAUGGAAAGAAAAACAUUCCUCGGGUCAAGAAUGGAGCACAUGGAACGAGACAGUUUCCGAUAAUAUGUUUAUCAAUGCUUCACGGAGACCGUUUGUCCGCCGAAUGUUUGCAGGAGCGUUCGAUACUGUUAUACCAGAAGCCGCGCAAACCAAACUAUUGACCCUGUCAACAGCUACUAACACGGAACAGUGUGUGUAUAUCUAUAUCGAAUACGCCUCGAACGCCUUCUUCAGUGUUGAAUUGCUUCUAAGGCUCUUCAGUUUUCCCUGGACGCCGAGGAAUGUAUUCUGCUUCCAAAACAUCAUAGAAAUGAUUGUAUUGGCUGCUGUGUACAUACGGGGUUUGAUGUACCUUAUUCUAGCUGAAGAUUAUCAUGAUGAUAUCGAUUUCCUUCUCUAUGUCCAAAUGCUGAGAGUCCUUCGCCUCUUGCGUCUUCUUGAGAACGUAACCGCCUAUCGAGUUCUUUGUUACACACUGAAGGUAGGGAAAAGGGAUAUGUUCAUAAUGUUACUUUAUGUUCUGAUUGGUGUUCUUUUUUUCUCGAAUGUGAUGUAUGUCGUUGAGAGACGUGAGGAUUUUCCCAGUAUUCCUGCCACCUGGUGGUGGAGUGUGAUCACCAUGACAACCGUUGGUUACGGUGAUAUGAUACCAAAGACAGCCGUCGGUAAAAUCAUUGGCACCAUUUGUGCUCUGUCUGGUGUUUUCAUGUUUUCCCUUAUCAUACCUAUUUUUGUUAACACAUUUCUCUCAUUGUACCAAUUUGCAGACGUGCAAAGUCGCGAUACAAGUGACAAGAAUCAGUAUUUAUUAGUUACGGACCGAGAUUUGGACGAUAUUGUCACAAGUGUGAACACGAUCAAGGAAAAUGGUGAUUGCCCAAAAAGGCAAUGUGUUAAAACUGAAUCCGUGUGAAACAUAUGCAUCCUGACUUUAGAAUAAACUCUUGUUUCGAAAGUGACACAGAGCAAAACACUAAUGUCAGUCUCCACAAUGACGGCUCAUUCAUAGUAUUAUAUCUUUAGUGUUUCACAUCUUUUCCUCGAUUUGAUGGGAAUAGAAGGUGACAUAUCUGGUACAGAAAAGGGUCCACUUUCAGGAGAAUCUGGUUUCAUUUCCUUUGUUGUGGGGGUAACCGUUAAGGUUUCCCACGUAAAAUUAAAGCGCUUAUGUAUACAGAAUGAUUCCUAUGACAUCGACAUCACAUAACAUAACGAACAAUCUAAUUUUGGCGGUUUCUUCUAUGUUACAUAGUGAUGUGAUGAUGUGUUUUGUCUUAACGUUGUUUGUUAUGUUUGUUUAAACGAAAAUGAA